UUACGUUCCGUGACAUAAUAUAAAUGCUAUUAUUUGUGAACUCCCGAUGGAAAUAGAUAAGUUGAGUUCUUUUUGUUACUUGCACAUGUUGAUGCAGGUUUUGUAGUAUUCAUAAACGAGUUACACAUGAAUGGAGAGAUCAUACAUCCGUCAAGCAGCCCAUCUCUACAUAAACAGUCCAUCCAGUUUUAAAACCCACAAGCAGGAACCAAGCUUUAUAGCCUAUAAAGCAGCCACAACGAGUCCACCGCCAACAACAGCGCGACCCACCACAACAAGCACGACCACGACCCAAGCACCGCCUCCAAGCAACGGUGCACCCAGAAACGGCCCCACCCAUGGUCACCGACCAUUCAGGACACGUGGAGGUGGUCGGCCUGCGGGAGCUUACCGGCGGCGUCGGCCUCUUUACUAUUACUACUACUAUGAUGAUGAUGAUGAUGGCCCUGAUGACGGUCACUAUGACUUCUAUGAUGAACCAGUGGAAAGGGAGAGGCAGCAGCCUCGUGCAAAGGGAAACCGUAAACAGCCCAACCAGGCGGUACAUGUUUGUGGCAAACUAAUUUAUGACUGACUAUGGAAGAACGAUCCUUGUUAAUGCCAAAUCAAUUCA